AUGUUGGACAGCUUCACUUGUCACUUUUGCUACCUCAAGCGAAAACUUGUCAUCACUUCCAAAAACGUUUAUUACAUUCAAGACUUUGUAGAUGCCGCUUGUUCACAUCUAUCUAUCUAUCUAUCUUUUUAUCUCAGCUUGUUCAUAUCUAUCUAUUUAUCUAUCUUUCUAUCUCAUCUUGUUCAUAUCUAUCUAUCUAUCUAUCUAUUUCAGUUUGUUCAUAUCUAUAUAUCUAUAUAUCUAAGCUUGUUCAUAUCUAUCUAUCUCAGCUUGUUGUUCAUAUCUAUCUAUCUAUCUAUCUUUUUAUAUCAGCUUGUUCAUAUCUACCUAUCUCAGCUUGUUCAUAUCUAUCUAUCUAUCUAUCUAUCUAUCUAUCUAUCUAUCUAUCUAUCUAUCUACCUAAGCUUGUUCAUAUCUAUCUAUCUAUCUAUCUAUCUAUCUAUCUAUCUAUCUAUCUAUCUAUCUAUCUAUGUUCUAAAUUAG